UAAAUGCAAUGGGUAGAAACAAUUAGCCGCUAUUGCUUUCGCCACUACUGGUCAGAUGUGCCAACGAGAUUACGGAGAAGUCUCGUCUCGUUUUAAUGCCAUUUUAUCAAUUCUCCAUUUAAACGUCAAAUAGCAAUAUUUUUUUUGUAGAAACGCCUUAGCGCUUAUCAGACACAAUUAGCUAAUCAAGAAUGCAUGACACUUGUUUCCAGAUUUCCAUAAUUUUGAGUACUAGGACACAUAAGAAAGUCCUAGGACUUUUGAAUUUAUGUGACAAUAACAUGGCGACGGAGAAGCAAAUGGCUCUUUUACUUCGUAUCACCACCGUUUAAAGUUUCCAUUCACCCAGAGUUAGUUCUUGUGCAGUGUAACUUGUUGUUCACGUUUGACAAAAGAGCCGUUGUUGCCUGCAUAAAAUAUGAGGGAGCAGAUUUGGCGAAGAUUAUAAGAUGCCAUAUAAAACACUGGUGUCCAGCGGUGAACUCAAGUCUGUGUAAUUGCGGGGGACCUUCGCUGAUCGCCCUUCUUGUCGAGGCUUACUUGACGCUCUGUCAAAUGGUUGAGACAUGUACUUUGUGAAAUGGUGUGUUUUGGUUGUAAUUACUUUCUCGUCUUGUCGAAGUGACCCGAGGAGGAAUGCAACAUUGAAAAAGGUCCCUGAGGAGAGUAUAAAUUCAACUAUCUUAGUAAAAAAAGUAUCCGAUUGGUACAGUGAUUCAAGGCAUUAUUGGCCGUUUGAGGACAUAACGAAGGAAACGGUUCAAGAUAUUCGAGGUGGAAAUCAUGGAAAAGUACAUGGCGAUGUUCACAUCGUCCAAGGUGUCGUUGGGAGAGCCUUGGAAAUAACUGGUAAAAAUAACACGUUCAUUGAUUUGGGACUUCUAUCUGGAUCCUGUCUGAGUGAUCCCGUGUCAUGCAAAUCGGGAUCCACUGUCGCCUUCUGGCUAAAGCUUCCUUCUUUCGAAGGAAACAAAAUAGUGAUGCAGCUAGGCCAGAAUCGACAUUCAAAAGGAUUUACAGUGUGGACGAGAAAGAGAGAAAAGAGAAAAGAGCAAAAGAUAAACUUCCGUGUAAACACUAGGACAAAAAAAAUCCAGUCAGAGAUCCCUUGGAAUACCACUGGAUGGACGCAUGUUACAAUUGUAUGGCGACAUGAUGGAACAAGCCCUCAACUUCACAUUUAUUUUAAUUGCUCACUUAGCGACAGUGUAAAUGAAAGUUAUCCGGAUACAAAUGAGAGAAAAGAAGACCCAAGAGUAUCUUUAAUUCUUGGUGCAAGUCGUAGACACGCCAAAAACGCGCAUAUCCUCAUUGACGAAUUGGCGGUGUGGAAUAGGACGCUGUCAAAGAGAGAAGUCUGUGACAUAUCUAAUUUACUAACAGUCCACGGUGGUUACAGUGAUUGGUCGGCUUUCACCGACUGCAGCGCUACAUGUGGCAGCGGGGAACGUACCCGGAACCGCGCAUGCUCCAACCCAAAGCCUCGACAUCGUGGCAUGAACUGUUCGCUCCUAGGCCCUGACCGUGAGGUUCAACCGUGUUUCCUUAGAACUUGUCCCAUCCACGGUGGCUACAGUCCAUGGUCCGAGUUCUCUCCAUGCUCCAAAUCGUGCGGGGGUGGUGAGCAGUUCAGGAAUAGAACUUGUACAAAUCCAAUGCCUCAACACGGUGGCCGCAACUGCUCGGGCCCUGAAACCAGUUACAGGACUUGUAACGAGAACGCAUGUCCGAUAAACGGCCGUUUUGGACAGUGGUCGGAUUACUCGAAGUGCAGUGUUUCCUGCGGGCAUGGAAACAAGACGAGGACUCGCUCGUGCGAUAGUCCCAGUCCUGCGUAUGGGGGAAGUAAUUGUUCGGGGUUUUUUGUACAAGCAAUCAGUUGUUUUGUAAGUCACUGUCCAGCGCAUAGGAGGUUCAGCGAAUGGUCUGAUUAUGGCAGUUGUUCGAAAAGUUGCGGUGGUGGAGAGAAAUACCGAAACAGAAAAUGUACUAACCCAACUCCGCAACAUGGCGGGGAAAAUUGCUCCGGAGAUGUUAUUGAGUCUGUUGCGUGCAACACACAAAGUUGCCCGCGACACGGCAAUUACUCUGCAUGGUCGCAGUUUUCAGCGUGUAGUGCGUCUUGCGGGGAAGGUUUCAAAACGCGAAAUCGAACUUGCACAAAUCCAGCACCUCAACAUGGAGGUCGUAGCUGUUCUCUACUUGGCGAAGCAGUCGAGACUGUCAACUGUACGCUUGGGCCGUGUCCAAUUGACGGGGGAUAUACACCUUGGAGGGAAUUCACGUUAUGCACAAAGCUGUGUGGCGGUGGAUGGAAGUAUCGCACCCGGCGGUGCAUUAAUCCGGAGCCACAGUUUGGCGGUCGUAAUUGCACCCAUCUGGGACCCAGUUUUGAAAAACAAAGAUGUAACGUGCACCCUUGCCCGAUUAAUGGAAGCUACACCGAAUGGUCGCCUUGGUUUAUCUGUUCAAAACCCUGUGAGAAGGGGUUGACAGAGCGCAUAAGGACGUGCACCGACCCCCCACCCCAGUACGGUGGUGCAGAUUGUGCGGGCGGGCAUAGAGAAACACAGACAAAAACAUGUAAUGACUUCCCCUGUCCCAUUCACGGAGGCUACAGUAACUGGUCGAGUUUCACAGAGUGCACUAAAAGUUGCGGAAAUGGCACAAUAACACGAAAUAGGACGUGUACAAAUCCUGUACCCCGUUAUAAUGGGAAUAACUGUACCGUGGUAGGACCUGCUAUAGAGAUUCUUCCUUGUAAUACCCAUCCGUGCCCGGUGCAUGGUAACUACACUGCGUGGUCAACAUUUACGGAGUGCUCAAAAUCUUGCGAGAACGGCACAAGGUACAGGUAUAGAAACUGCAGCCAACCUCUUCCUCAACACGGAGGCAGAAACUGCUCGCACUUGGGAGAUGAUAAAGAGCAGGAAAAUUGCAAUACGCAUAUGUGCCCGAUCCAUGGGGGUUACACCGAGUGGACAAAUUUCACCGAGUGCACUGUAAGUUGUGGUAAUGGCACUAAGUUUCGUAACAGAACAUGUACAAACCCAGAGCCUAGACACGGGGGGAGAGAUUGCGAUGGACCUGCGGUUGAAAUACUGGCAUGCAACACUCAUUUUUGUCCUAUUCACGGUGGCUACACGAUGUGGUCCAACUUUACCACGUGCUCCGUUUCGUGUGGAAAUGGUACACGGACAAGGAUCAGGAAUUGCACCAAUCCGCCGCCAAAGCACAAUGGACGCACUUGUGACGUCUUAGGGCCAAGAAUAGAAACGCAGCCUUGUAAUACCUUUUAUUGUCCCGUAGAUGGAGGCUACACGCAAUGGAGUGAGUAUAGCCAAUGCUCCAAGACUUGUGGACUUGGCGAGGCCUUCCGUACGCGGAAUUGCACAAACCCAAAGCCUCAGCAUGGCGGGAAGGGUUGUCAAGGGGCUUCAACCCAGCGCCGAGUCUGCGUCAUUGUCUUAAACUGCCCUGUUGACGGCGGAUAUACGCAAUGGACGAAGUACAGUGAGUGUAGCAAAUCGUGUGGAAAUGGAACAACAAAUAGAACGAGAAUGUGCACUAAUCCUGCUCCACGACACGGGGGCGAAGACUGUGAGCACCUUGGCCCUGAUAUUGAAAUUACGCCGUGUAAUGAGCACCCUUGUCCAAUACACGGGGGGUACACUUCAUGGACCACCUUUACAACCUGUAGCCUGACUUGCGGUGGUGGGACAUCGUACCGGUACAGAAACUGUACAAGCCCGAUACCCCGGCACGGUGGAUCUAAUUGUUCAGUCUUGGGGCCCGCUUACGAGGAAAAUGAGUGCAACACUGUGCCGUGCCCAAUUGACGGAGGGUUAACGCCAUGGUCAAACUAUUCGCAGUGCGAUAAGUCCUGUGGUAUGGGGACCAAGAUGAAGACGAAAUCGUGCACCAACCCGAAACCGCAGUAUGGAGGAAAGGAUUGUUCUCAUUUAGGCUCUCUGAUCUACGUCAUUAAUUGUAACACACAUCCCUGCCCAAUAGAUGGCAAGUAUAGUAAAUGGAGCCAUUAUUCGGGUUGUGAUAAGUCUUGCGGGAAUGGCACGAGAAUAAGAACCAGAACAUGUACCAGACCAAGGCCGGAGUUUGGUGGUAGGAAUUGCUCAAUGCAAGGACCAAACGCGCAGACCAUCCCUUGCUAUUUACGGCCUUGUCCUAUUGAUGGGCAAUACAGCAACUGGUCAAAGUUCACUGUUUGUACAAAGUCAUGUGGAACUGGCGUUCAAACCAGGACAAGAGAAUGCAACAACCCUGUGCCCCAGUACGGAGGAAGUGGCUGUGAGCGGUUCGGGAACGCAAAGGAAACUCAACAAUGCAAUACGAUGCCCUGCCCUAUCGAUGGGGGUUAUACUGAGUGGUCUAGCUAUGCACCAUGUACUGUGACGUGUGGGGGCGGAGUCAGGCUGAGGGUCAGAAAUUGUACUAAGCCAGCACCGCAAUACGGAGGCAGAAACUGCAGCACGCUUGGCCCUAGUGGGCAAAUCAUUCCGUGUGCCAACACGCGUUGUCCAGCUAUUGUGUUCAAUAUCACUCUGAAUCUCACUGGUGAGGCAUGGGAUCCAGAAUUAAAAAACGAAAAAAGCGUGCAGCGUGCUCGACUAGAGCGCAAAAUAAAGACCGGAAUCGAAGUGAUCUACGAAUUUUCCUUAGAAGUGGAGAGUAUCAGUAUAUGGAGCUUCAGGUUGUCUUCAAGGAAAGGAAGCGUCUUGGCUGACCUAAGCGUCGAAUACGCCAAUGAACUAUACAAGGGGAUAGCGAUACUACAGGAUGCUAUCUGCCAGAGACGGGACUUGGGGGGACUGGCAGCCUAUGCCGUCAGGCUCACUACUCAAGAUGUUCCAUCAAGAGCUCCUCAAUCUGUAUCAGGCUACAAUGUCAGCUCUACCGCGAUUUGCAUUCAAUGGCUGCCUGUCAGUCUGAAUUACUCAAACGGACCGAUAUUGGAGUACAGGAUCAGCGCCGAGAAGAUAGGGCUCGGAGGGUCCCGUGCCAGGCGUUCUCUGCCACGCCCAAACUAUAGCACCAGUAGUGGGGAGGCUAACAGCACCGAGAUAUUUGGACUGAGCAAGUACACGAUGUAUAAGAUACGCGUGGCAGGGAGGAACAGGCGAGGUGUUGGCAUCGAAAGCUCACCUAUUUAUGUGAUGACUGGUGAAGACAAACCAGCGAUCGCUCCUGCAAACAUUUCAGCCGUCAACCUCAGCUCAACCAGCAUUUCCGUUUCUUGGUCUGCGCUUCCUGGAAAAUCCAUACCCGGUGUUCUGCGCGGGUACCGCCUUGUCUAUAGUCCCGUGCCUGUGUUCGGACAGGCCUCUUUGUCCGGUCAUACGGACGUGGGACCGGACUCCACGCAUGCGAUACUUACUGGACUUAAAAAAUACACGGAAUAUGUAAUGGAUGUGCUUGGGUUUACCUCCAUCGGGGAAGGACCUUCGGCUCGAGUCACCGCCAGGACGAGCCAAGAUGUGCCCAGUCAGCCGCCUCCCAACAUCACCACCCAUAACACGAGCUCCACCAGCAUCCUGGUGCAAUGGGGGAACAUUCCAUUCGAGCACGUGCACGGGAUCUUAACAGGGUACGUGGUGAGCUACUUUAAUACCGAGACCGAUGGGUACAACUGGACGGAAGUGAGUGUUGGCAAACGGACGACGUCUUACCAACUCCAGUUAUUGGACAAGUACACCAAGUACUGCAUCCAGGUGCAGGGUGUGACGGUGAAAGGCGAAGGCAAAGACAGCAAGGCUACUUGCGUCUAUACUGCUGAGGAUAUACCAGACGCACACCCUCUAAAUGUCACGGGUUUUAACAAGAGCUCCACGCAAUUGUACAUAGAAUGGCAACACAUCGCUAAGAAGGAAUGGAACGGGAUCCCUCGCGGUUAUCGCGUAUUCUACCAAAUGCGCGAUGACCAGCAAAGAUGGCAGAGUGCAGACGUUAAUCCCAGCGCUGACUAUGUCACACUGCGGGCUCUGAGGAAGUUCACGUGGUACCGGAUAAGGGUCGCCGCGUUUACUGUUGAAGGUGUUGGCCCGCAAUCGCCAGUCUUGGAGCGCCGAACUGCGGAGGAUGUUCCUAGUCGUCCUGUAAUCUCGGUAAAAGCUCGUAACCUCAGCCACACCAGCCUGAUAGUGGAGUGGAAAAACAUCCCAUCUGGCUACGUCCAUGGCAUUCUUCAAGGCUUCAGGGUCCACUACUGGAGGAAAGGCCACCGAGACGAGGAAAAGAGCCUUGUAGUGGAACCUGAUAAGACGAGUACUGUCCUUGAUAACCUUCUUAUCUACACCGUGUACGCGAUUCAAAUCCUAGGGUUUACGUCUGUUGGCGAUGGCGCCAUUAGCAAGGAGAUUCACGCAAGGACUGAUGAAUUUACCCCUGGAGUGCCUCCUAUCAACCUUUCCGCAUGGAACAAAACCAGUCCCACACACCUUACAGUAAGCUGGGAACCUAUUCCUGACCCGUACGACGUUCACGGGAUCCUUCGCGGGUAUCGAGUGCUGUACGCGCCCAUAGCUGUCGCCAACAAGACCCUGACGACGCCACCAGCUUGGAGUCACGUGACUGUACAACCUGAUAUGACGUCAGUAAAAAUCAGUAAUCUUGCCGCGUUUACAAGGUAUAACUUGGCAGUACUUGCGUUCACAGUCAAAGGGGACGGGAUCAGGAGUGCGAACAUCACUGCCGAAACCUGUAACUGCCAUAGCGCGAUGUACACCAACUGGUGGGAGAACCCCCCAUACGUUGAGACACCUGGCUCGUUCAACCACUCAGGGAUCAUUCCAGCUAUCCUAGAACACGCAAUCAGCACGUGCUGUGGGAAUUGCUCGGAGUUUGGGACAACCAAGGUCAAUUUCACGCACAGCUCCGCUGAUCUGCCUAAGGCGAAGAAAAGUGGUCUGCAGCGCUUCCGAGAUGGUAUUGAUCAAAGUACUGAACUCAGCUUUCCUGUGUAUGGUUUCAUGAGCCAGACGAGAUACUCUGGAGACUUUGGGUUCGUACCUCUCGUCCAGUCCCCUGGAGUAGCUCUCAUCGUCAUCGGAGACGAGGAGGGCACGGCAGCGAGGCUACUCAUCAGAUCCAUCAUGCUUUGCUGGCCCAUCGUUUUGCUUGACAUGAUGCUUCUGUGGGUCAUGAGCAUUGUCAUCUGGUUCACUGAAACCUUCAACAACCCGCGCCAUUUUCCGCACAACAUGCUUCAGGGGAUGUGGGAAGGCAUGUGGUGGGCCUUCGCCUCCAUGACGACUCUAGGAUACGGUGACCGCAUCCCUCGUAGCUAUAUCGGUCGCUUGAUCUGCGUGUUGUGGAUCGUAAUUGGUGUCAUCCUCAUUGCCUGCUUCAACUCCACCAUGACGACUAUCUUGACGGCGCGUAUACUGGACAAGGAUGUUAUGCUCUACGGCACAAAGGUGGCAGCAAUACAAAAUUCUUCUGAAUAUCGACUUGGAGUCAGGAAAAAUGCUCGUGUUAACCCAAACGGAAAACCAUAUGCGAACCUGGAAGACGUGUACGAUGCGCUUGUCAGUCGCGAGGUGAAAGGCGUUUUGAUUGACGCGUACACUGUCGGCAGCCGCAAGAAAUUGUUUGAUCGUCGCGAUCUCCGUAUCAAUAAGCUGAUGGAUUACAAGUCUGCGUAUGGGGUGGUACUAGGGGGUGAGGCAAGAAAGCUACAGCAGUGCUUUCAGACAUAUCUGGGCGAGCAGAGGUCCGAAGUCUCUGGAAUCAUAGAAAGUAACAUUCAGACGAUUGAGGUAUCCACGGAGUCGUUGAGUGUUGACCGUUCCAAAGGCCUCUUCGACCCUAACUUUCCCACCUACACCAAGACGAUGAUCGUGUUCUCCGUGAUUCUCAUCCUUAUACUCGUCAUUGGCGCCAAGUUCGAGUGCGCGAAAAAAAUCGGAUGGAUUUCUUUUAAUAAGAAAGAGUCCACAAAGGUAUCCAAGGCGACAAAGUUAAAAAAGUUCAAAGAAGAAUUUCGCCAAGAGAUGUCUCUUGUGGUGCGCAUUUUCCUGCACAAUUGUGAAAAGAAAAUGGCAGAAAUGAGAAUCAAGCACAGAAAAGAGCUCUACCACUUGAUCAGACUAAAAAGGAUGGAGGAAACUGGACAAAUGUACAACAGCAACCCAUUUCACUAUCGUAACAUUUUCGACAUUUUCUGCAAAAACAAACAGUAUUCUUUGGCGUCAACUCUAAGCCCCAAAGACCGCGAAAAAAUGAAUGGCCUUCUUUCAUUUUCUAGCCCUUUUAGAAGGAAGAAGGCAGAAGAGGUAGAAACUGUCGUCUAAUUAAGUAUUCACUCUUUAAGGUUGUUUUGAAUAGCAAAUCAUUCGUAUCACAGGAAAUUCUUACAGAUACCUGGAUUAAACAAAAAGAGAGAUAAAUUUUGAAUUAAGGAAGAUUAAAUCUAGACCAGAAAUAUCGAUGAAAGACUGAAUGAACUAAUAAAAAUAAAUUUAUUUUCGUGCUUA